CUAAAGCCAUUUGUUUAGGCAGUAGGGAGUUUCUGCUAGGGUCUGGAUUGGAGUUACGUACAGACCGGACCCUACCGUGUAUGAGUGGAGUCUGAGGAGAAAAAAGAGGAUUCCCCCCUUUAUCGCAAAGAAUCUACAUGUCUAAUAUUUAGACAUGUUCAGCUUUGUGGAUAUUCGGCUAGCGCUCCUGCUCAGCGCGACCGUCAUUUUGGCAAGAGGUCAAGGCGAGGAUGACGUCUCAUUCGGCUCCUGCAAGUACGACGGACAGUUCUUCAAUGACAAAGACGUAUGGAAACCUGAGCCCUGUCAGAUCUGCGUCUGUGACAGUGGAACCCCCUUGUGCGACGAGGUGAUCUGCGAGGACACAACCGACUGCGCCGACCCCAUCAUCCCAGACGGAGAGUGCUGCCCUAUCUGCCCCGAGGAUGGCACGGUCGAGGAGCCAACAUAUGAGACAACCAAGGGACCCAACGGUGACAAGGGUGACAGGGGUCCACCUGGUCCUCCUGGCAAUGAUGGAAUCCCAGGAAUGGCUGGUCCUGAGGGCCCACCCGGCCCCCCUGGUGCCCCUGGCCUUGGCGGAAACUUCUCUCCUCAAAUGAGCUACGUUGACCACUCCAAAUCAAGUGGCCCACCUGUUCCAGGCCCAAUGGGUCCCAUGGGUCCCCGUGGUCCUCCUGGACCCUCUGGAUCUGCUGGUCCUCAGGGUUUCACUGGACCCCCUGGUGAGCCCGGUGAGCCCGGUUCUCCUGGUCCCAUGGGUUCCCGUGGUCCUUCUGGCCCCCCAGGAAAGAACGGAGAUGAUGGUGAGCCUGGCAAAGCUGGACGCCCUGGUGAGCGUGGAGCUCCUGGACCUCAGGGUGCUCGUGGAUUCCCCGGAACUCCUGGACUCCCUGGAAUCAAGGGACACAGAGGUUUCAGCGGUCUGGAUGGAGCCAAGGGAGACUCUGGACCUGCUGGACCUAAGGGAGAGCCUGGUGCCCCUGGUGAGAACGGUAUCCCCGGUUCCAUGGGUGCUCGUGGUCUUCCUGGUGAGAGAGGUCGCCCUGGACCCCCUGGUCCUGCUGGUGCUCGUGGUAACGAUGGCAACUCUGGUGCUGCUGGCCCUCCUGGAGCUACUGGACCUUCUGGCCCCCCUGGAUUCCCCGGUGGUGCUGGAGCAAAGGGAGAGACUGGUCCUGCUGGAGGCCGUGGAUCUGAGGGACCCCAGGGAGCCCGUGGUGAGCCUGGUAACCCCGGACCUGCUGGACCCGCUGGACCUGCCGGAAACCCUGGAACUGACGGUGCCCCUGGCAACAAGGGUGGCCCUGGUGCUGCUGGUAUUGCUGGUGCUCCUGGUUUCCCAGGUUCUCGUGGUCCUGCUGGACCUCAGGGACCUGCUGGUUCCCCUGGUCCCAAGGGUAACAAUGGAGACCCUGGUCCCUCUGGUUCUAAGGGAGAGCCUGGUGCCAAGGGAGAUCCUGGCCCCGCUGGAGUUCAGGGACUUCCUGGACAAUCUGGUGAGGAGGGAAGGAGAGGAGCUCGUGGUGAGCCCGGUGGUGCUGGACCUCGUGGACCCCCUGGAGAGCGUGGUGGCCCUGGUGCUCGUGGUUUCCCUGGUACUGAUGGAGGUGCUGGUGGCAAGGGUGCCCCUGGUGAGCGUGGUUCCCCUGGACCAUUGGGAGCUCAGGGAGCUGCUGGUGAGGCUGGAAGUCCUGGUGCCCCCGGUGCUCCUGGAUCCAAGGGUAUGACUGGUAGCCCUGGUUCACCUGGCCCUGAUGGCAAGGCUGGACCUUCUGGUGCUCCUGGACAAGAUGGACGCCCUGGACCUCCUGGCCCCAACGGUGGAAGAGGACUGCCCGGAGUGAUGGGAUUCCCCGGACCUAAGGGACCUGCUGGUGAGUCUGGCAAACCUGGUGAGAGAGGAGCUGCUGGUGCUGUUGGCGCUCUUGGUGCCCCUGGCAAAGAUGGUGAUGUUGGUGCUCCUGGACCUUCUGGCCCUGCUGGACCUGCUGGAGAGAAGGGAGAGCAAGGACCUGCUGGAUCUGCUGGAUUCCAGGGUCUUCCUGGACCCCAAGGUGCUGCUGGUGAGACUGGCAAGCCUGGUGAGCAGGGAGCUCCUGGUGAGGUUGGACCCCACGGCGCACCUGGAUCAAGAGGCGACAGAGGUUUCCCUGGUGAGCGUGGUGCUCCUGGUCCUAAUGGCCCAGUUGGACACCGUGGUUCCCCUGGACCUGCUGGUAACGAUGGUGCUAAGGGAGAGCCUGGUGCUGCUGGUGCCCCCGGUGCUAAUGGAGGCCCCGGAAUGCAGGGAAUGCCUGGUGAGCGUGGAUCUUCUGGUCUCCCUGGAGCCAGGGGAGAGAGAGGCGACGCUGGUCCUAAGGGGGGUAACGGUGCCCCUGGCAAAGAUGGUGCCCGUGGUAUGACUGGUGCCAUCGGAGUUCCUGGACCUUCUGGUGCUCAGGGUGAGAAGGGUGAGGGCGGUCCUCCUGGCAUUGUUGGACCCACUGGACCUCGUGGUGCCCCUGGUGAGCGUGGAGAGGCUGGACCUGCUGGACCUGCUGGAUUCGCUGGACCUCCUGGUCUUGAUGGUCAGUCUGGUGCUAAGGGAGAGACUGGUGACACUGGACCCAAGGGAGAUGCCGGUGCUCCUGGACCCGCUGGACCUGUUGGAGGUUCUGGUCCUCAGGGACCUGCUGGUCCUCCUGGACCCAAAGGAGCUCGUGGUGGUGCUGGAUCUCCUGGUGCUACUGGUUUCCCUGGACCCGCUGGCAGAGUUGGACCCCCCGGCCCCUCUGGAGCUGCUGGACCCCCUGGACCCGCCGGACCCGUUGGUAAAGAUGGACAAAGAGGAGCCCGUGGUGAGACUGGUGCUGCUGGUCGUCCUGGUGAGGCUGGUGCUGUUGGUCCUCCUGGAAACCCUGGAGAGAAGGGAUCACCUGGUUCUGAUGGUGCCCCUGGUCCCGCUGGUCUGCCUGGACCCUCAGGUAUCAACGGACAGGGUGGUGUUGUAGGUGCCCCCGGACAACGUGGAGAGCGUGGUUUCUCUGGUCUUCCAGGACCUAGUGGUGAGCCUGGAAAGCAGGGACCUGUUGGACCUGUUGGUGAACGUGGUGCCCCUGGACCUGCUGGACCUCCUGGACUGUCUGGUCCCACUGGAGAGGCUGGUCGUGAGGGAUCUACCGGACAUGAUGGUAACCCUGGUCGCGACGGAGCUCCUGGCCCCAAGGGAGACCGUGGAGAGAGUGGACCCGGUGGACCCCCUGGACCACCUGGAACCCCUGGAGCUCCAGGACAUGUUGGCCCAUCUGGAAAGACUGGUGAACGUGGAGAGGCUGGUCCCGCUGGACCUGCUGGACCUGCUGGCCCUGCUGGUGUUCGUGGAUCUGCUGGUCCUGCUGGUGCCAAGGGAGACAGAGGAGAGGCUGGCGAGGCUGGAGAGAGAGGCCACAAGGGACACAGAGGAUUCAGCGGCAUGCAGGGUCUGCCUGGACCUGCUGGGGCUGCUGGAGAGAGAGGACCUGCUGGUGUCAACGGACCUGCUGGACCCAGAGGACCUUCUGGAUCUUCUGGUUCCCCUGGUAAGGAUGGCAUGAACGGUCUGCCUGGACCCAUUGGACCUCCUGGACCUCGCGGUCGCAAUGGAGAGAUGGGACCUGCUGGUCCUCCUGGACCUCCUGGACCUGCCGGUCCUCCUGGAGCACCCGGUGGUGGAUUUGACUUUGUCAGCCAGCCACUCCAGGAGAAGGCUCCCGAUCCCUACCGUGGAGGCCACUACCGCGCUGACGACCCCAACAUGAUGCGCGAUCGCGACAACGAGGUUGACACCACCCUGAAGACCUUGACCCAGAAGGUUGAGCAGAUCCGCAGCCCUGACGGUACUCAGAAGAGCCCUGCUCGCAUGUGCCGUGACUUGAGGAUGUGCCACCCUCCGUGGACGGUGAGCACCUACUGGGUUGACCCCAACCAAGGCUCAUCUUUGGAUGCCAUCAAGGUCCACUGCAACAUGGAGACUGGCGAGACCUGCAUCUAUCCCACCGAGUCCAGCAUUCCCAUGAAGAACUGGUACCGCAGCCAGGAUAUCAAGAAGCAUGUCUGGUUCAGCGAGGCCAUGACUGGAGGAUUCCAGUUCCAGUAUGGCAGCGAGGGAGCUGAUGCCGAGGAUGUGAGCAUCCAGAUGACCUUCAUGCGCCUGAUGUCCAACCAGGCCUCUCAGAACAUCACAUACCACUGCAAGAACACCAUUGCCUACAUGGACUCUGCCACCGGCAACCUGAAGAAGGCCCUGCUGCUCCAGGGCUCCAACGACGUUGAGAUCAGAGCCGAGGGCAACAGCCGCUUCACAUACAGCGUCAGCGAGGACGGUUGCACGUCACACACUGGUGCAUGGGGCAAGACAGUCAUUGACUACAAGACAACAAAAACAUCCCGCCUGCCCAUCAUUGACAUUGCUCCUAUGGAUGUUGGUGCACCUGAUCAGGAAUUCGGCGUCGAAAUUGGCCCAGUUUGCUUCUUGUAAAAAUGAAAGAAAUAUGGACAUGACAUUGUUGUUAUUUUUUCCAGCAGUCAUCUCUAAAAAACCUUUUUUCUAUGCAUUCAAAACUCAUUCGGCUGCCAUUGGUCCACAUGCUUAAAACCACUCUACUGAAGACGGUGUUUGUUUUUUUUUCCAAUCAUGAAAAGUUUUGGGGACUGCUAUUUCAACUGAAACCAUCCACACGGACACUUUAAUAAGAAUCUUUUGUUUCCACUGGCAACAAGAAUAUAAUAUAAUAUACUUGUGUAAAAUUUCCCCCUGGAGAUUAAGAAAAAAAUCCACAUGCGAUGACAACACAGGUGACUUUUGCCAUUUUCUACCACUGCGGAAGGACAUUGAAAACAACAAGUGAUAUGUACCAUUUUUCUGGUGUUAAAUAAAUUGUAAAAAGUG